AUGAAUAUUUCUCAGAGUAGUCAGGGUAUUGGCACUGUGCUGCCUCUUACUAGUUUCGAGAACGUGCUUUUCCUCCUCUUCAAUGUAAUUCUCGCCACCACCAUCAUUUUCCUCAAUGUGUCCGUGUUUCUCUCCAUCAUCAUGAACAGAUCUUUGCGCACUGAGAACCGCUUCAUGUACAUGCUCAGCACGUGUCUCAGCGACAUCUGUACGGGCGUCUCGUAUUAUUAUGUUGGAGUUUUGGAUGUACGGGAUUCUUAUGACUCCCCAACACGCACUUUUUACAUCGCACCCACUUUUCUGGGACUGUCCUACAUGGCAAUUCUGGCCGCGCAGGCGGACCGCUACCACGCGGUUUCCGCGCCUUUCAAAUACUCAGUGCGCAUGAGCAGAAACAGAACUCUGCUGGUGAUCCUGGCCUACUGGGUUUAUGCUUUUGUGAUUGUGGCUGUCAAUAAUUUAGUGACUAUGGGGGUCGCAAAAAGAGUGACAGGCUUUGGUACGUUUGUGGCCAACAUAUUCACCGUCAUUAUCAUGAUUGGCCUGAACGUCCGGCUGUUUUUAAUCGCCAAAUAUCAGUUAGACCGAGAACCUCCGAGCGAAGAGCGCGAAAACAAGCGCGCGUCCGUUUACCUCAUAAUUAUAGUGGCCGUGUUUUUUCUGAUCGCGUGGUUGCCGAUUUUUCUUCAUAUAAUUGUGUGUAAUUUUGCAGGGUCUGCCUGUUAUACGUUUAAAAAUGAAGGUUUAGACCCUCUGCGCAUUCUACCUCGGGUGAAUGCAGUUUUGACUCCCUUGUUAUACAUUAGGGGCUGUUCUGCACUAAGGAGCACACUACUAAGCAAAGUCUGGAGGACAUCAUGCUGCAAGAGGAAAGGGUAA